AUGUCUAACACCAUGUCCACCACUAAUCUCGUACAGGCAAUCCGCGCUUGUUCCAACAAUAUCCUGAUAAUGGCUGAGCGGUGGGAGCGGGCUCAGGAUCUUUUGGAUGUAUUCGAGGUUCUAGCAACAGAGGUACCUCUAGUAGAGACAUUGGACAGUCACGGCGGACGUGCAAUUAACCGUAUCAGCAGCGACGCAGCAGAUGAUAUACGUGGAAAACUGAUCAACGUCAAGUCCAUGGUACUCAACCGCGAAAUUAUUCGCAUGAUACAGGAGAUAAUUACGGAGGAUCUUCCUGAGGCUGGCGACAAUACAACGAUUGAAACGUUCGCAAGCCUCGGUGACAAGGUCAAUCUCGACCAACCUUUCUCGAACAACAGCAAUACCCCUUCAUAUCAAUUCCCGAGUUUAUAUUUUUCGAGUAAUCCGUCGUCUAGCGAGAUAGGGACGCUUUUGAUGGGACAGACCCUUGACUUUUCGGGCACCAUUCCUGAUUACGAUGUUUAUUAG